GUACAUAUGUAAGCACAUGUAAGCUCUAUUUUUUUAUUAUUGAACCCAGGUAACAACUAUCAGGUUUGAAGUUUGAACAGGUUCAAUUUAUUUACUGAUGAAAAAAAAAUAAAGUUUUACAAAUUGUAUAAAAUUAUAAGAACAAUCAGUUGAUAUUACAUUAUUGGAGUUGAAUAAUUAUUAAAUUGAAUCAUUUAAAUAAACGUGAUCAAUAAAAGCACACACAUUCAAGUCAUCUGACGUAUUUGAUUAAUUAUUUAUGUAUCCAGCUGAUAAUUACAACAAUAAAAUUAUAAAUGGCUUGUAAAUCUAAAUCCAAAGUUUAUCUUGGCUAUGAAGAUGGUUUUGUUACUGACAAAUAUCGUUCAUCAGUUACAUUUAAAACAAAUAAAAUUGGUGGAAAACCAAAUUUAUCCAGUAAAAAUGUUUCUCUUCCAUCACCAAUCUGUAAACUCUGUGGUUUACAUCAAUUACUAGCUGUCCAAAUAUAUGCUCCACUUGAUAAUUCAAUGUAUCACAGAAAUCUUUAUGUAUUUGCUUGUAUCAAUCCAAGUUGUUGGAAUCAACAUGAGAGUUGGACCUGUUUAAGAGUACAAUCAUUGGAAGAUAAAUUAAUUAAUAAAACUGGCACAAUAUCACCAAGUUUUACAACAUCAUUAUCAUCAGCAACAACAUGGCUAUCAUCAGCUGAUGAUUGGGAUAUUGAUGAAAAUACAUCAGAUGACAAUACCAGCAACAACAUCAACACCAACAACAACACCAAUAAUAAUAAUAAUAAUAAUAUCAAUAAUGAAACAAUAAAUUUAGAUACAAAAUCAUGUGAUAAUAAUAAUAUUGCUGAGGAUGAAUUAACUGAUGAUUUAACAAACAUGUGUUUCAAUGAUGAUUCAAAUACAAAUAGUGUAACAAGUAUAGAAUCACCAGUUUGUGAUGGACCUGUUAAAUGUAUUAAGUCACUUGAAGCAUCAGCUGAAAUUGAAUAUGAAGAGAGUGAAACUGUUUUUAUUGAUACACCAACACAACCACAAUGUAAUUUAAUUGAUCUUAUGCAACAAGUUAGUACAAAUGUAUUUAAACAUCAUGGGAGUAAAUCACACACUGAUCUUACAUUCAAUGAAAUAUUUAUGAUUGUUGAUGAAGAACAAGUAGAAGAAGAAGAAGAAUUGUCAAAUAAUAUAUCACAACAUGUUCAUGAUUUAAUUCGUAAAUAUCAACAUGUUGAUCAAGAGCUAAAUAUGAAAUCAUCUUCACAAUCUUCCAUGGGAUUUGAAAUUAAACAUUCAGAAAAAUAUGAAAAAAGUAUACCAAAGCAUGGUGAUGAAAUGUUUCAUAAUUUUGUUGAACGUAUUAAAAUGAAUCCUGGACAAUUACUGAGAUACUGUCGAGAUGAUUCAGCUCCUCUACUGUUGAGUCAACUUCCCAUGCCAAUUGGAUCAUGUAAAUAUUGUGGUCAUGAUAGAAUAUUUGAACUUCAAAUACUUCCAACAAUUAUUCCAAAAUUAAAAUUAAAAAAUCAUAAUGAUUUUCAAUUAGAAUUUGGCACUGUUCUUAUAUUGACAUGUUCAAAAAGUUGUUGGUCACUUGGUGAUAAAUACAAAGAAGAAUUAGUAUUUCUUCAAGCUGAAAAAUUAUAAAAAAUAUAUCAUCAAUGUUGUC